UCUGUGCGCCGUAUACUCAAAGAGCUGCAUGUUGGAGAUGAAGUGCACUUGAUUGACUUUACUUCAUAGUGUGUGAAGUGGACAAGUUUAGGAAGUACGCAGGGAGUUGAGAUUCAACCAUAGAUCGACGGUUUUAGGGUUCAGAGGAGGUGAAAAUGGGCACGAGAAACGUGAGUCGUUUCUGGGAGUGGGGACGAAAGAUAAUCUGCGUGGGGCGCAAUUACGCAGAACACGCCAAAGAGCUGAAAAACGAGCUGCCCACGGAACCCGUGCUGUUCCUGAAGCCACCGAGCGCGUAUGUGAAGGAGGGAUCUCCGAUCCUUGUGCCUCACUACUCUACCAAUCUGCACCAUGAAGUAGAGCUCGGUGUGGUAGUGGGUAAAGCGGGCAGAGACAUCCCUCAGACCUCCGCCAUGGACCAUGUCGCCGGUUACGCGCUGUGCUUGGACAUGACCGCGCGUGAUGUUCAGGACCAAUGCAAAGCCAAAGGGCUUCCCUGGACUCUUGCUAAAGCUUUCGACACGUCCUGCCCUGUGAGCGACUUCAUCCCCAAAGAGCUGAUCCCGGAUCCGUCAGGUGUCGAGUUGUGGCUCAGAGUGAACAGCGUGACUCGGCAGAGGGGCAGCACGGCGCAGAUGAUUUUCUCUGUCCCCUUCCUCAUCAGCUACAUCAGCAGGGUCAUGGCGUUAGAGGAAGGAGACCUCAUACUGACCGGGACACCCAAAGGAGUCGGAGCCGUUCAUGAGAACGACGAGCUUCACGCCGGCAUCGAGGGUGUCAUCGACAUGACGUUUAAAGUCCACAGACAGGCUGACAAGUAGAGAUUGGUUUUACCGCACAACUGAUAUGAACGUUCCUAAAUGGCCAAAAGGUCUUGUGGACACCUGACUAUCACGUCAAUAUUUUGAGGGUUAAUUGAGUUUGCUCAAGGGCCCAGAAGUGGCAGCUUGGUGGACCUGGGUUUCAAACCUAUGACCUUUUGAUCGGUAGUCCAAUGCCACAUCCCACAAUAACAAUUUCACUGGAAAAAAGGGGUCUUACGUUCUGCAGCCUGACAGUGCCCCUGUGCACAAAGCAACCAUGAUAACAUGAUUUGUUUGAGUGGAAGAACUAUGGCUUGACAGAAUCUCAACCCCACUGAACAAAUUUGGGAUGAACUGGAACACUGACUGCACCAGAGUUCUUGACCAAACAUCACUAAAGAUGUGGCUGAAUAAGCACAAAUACCCACAGCCGACACAAAAAGUGAUGUUCAAAAAGCACAUAUGAGUGUUAUGCUCAGGGGUCCACAAACCUUUGGUCAAAUAGUGUAUCAGUAAACAUAGAAUGGAAAUAAAAGUGUUAUUUUCUUACACGUUGUAAGUACUGUAAAUUGGCACUUGCAACAAUGCAGAACAAUAAUUUGAAUCUUACAGUAACCUUACUUUGGUUAUUUUAAAGAAAACACUGUAGAUUACUGUAAUCACAUCUUACGGUUUCACACUGAUUAUAGUAAAAUCCACUGGGAAAGCAGUUGUUUUGUUGUUAUUUAGAGAUCAUUUAAGAUGAAAUUAUAGUGUUUUUAGAAAUGAAAUAAUCGUGUCCUGGAUGUUGUGGCACCGUCUCCAUCUGGGUGUAUUCCCUCAUCACGCCUCAUGUGCUCAGGAUAACUUCCAGAUCUACCACAAUUUUGACCUCCAUAAAUCAAUAAGUGAAAAUGACUAUAUGAAAUAAAAUACAUAAUCAAGUAA